AAUGUCGUGGCUGCACUUUUUGCCUCAGACGUGGACAUCCCCAUCUGCACUGAUUCUAACAAAUGAUAAAUAUUAAUUUCAGUCCAUAAAAAUUAUAAUAAAUAUCUUCUCAACACAAACAACAACACCCAAUUUUUGCUUUUAUUUUAUACUCAACUAUUUAUUGAUUUCAAUAUAUACAUACAUUCAUUACUUGUCAUUGUUGUAAGCAAGAUAUUUAUUUUUCUCUCCACAACCAAGGAACUUGCAUGAAUUGAGUAUUUAUAAGAUAUGACUGCAAAUAAUGGUAGAGGAAGUAAUCAAGAGCAUAAGAGAAAAAUCAAUGAGCCUUUACCAAGGUCAUGCAUACCUAGAAAUGUUACUUCUUUAGCUGGAUCUGGUCCUACUAGUACUAGUUUUUGUUCAACUACAGAUCCUAAACACAUUGUUGAAAAGUUACAUGUUAGGAAUUAUAAGAACUUAAAUCAUCAAUUAGCUUUUGAGUCGAAUUAUAGUGAUAGCUUAAGUAGAGAAAUCCCUUUAAAGGUUAAAGGAGGACUUAAGGGAAUUGAUUCUAGAAAGAAUUUGAAGUUGAAUCAUCAACCAGAUAAAGGUUUUGUUAAUAUGAGCAAUAUAGAGAAUAGAUUGAAGGGAAAGGAAAUUAUUCAGAAAGAUUUAGGCAAUGUUGUGUCCGGCGCGGAAUGUUUUAAUGAUGAAAUCAACUUAAGAGUGUGGAUGAAGUCCGAAAGUCGAAAAAUGAAGAAAUCGGAAAGGUUGUAUUUAUUUAAACAGAUUUUGGAGUUGGUUGAUUUUGCACACUCACAAGGAUUUGUCUUGCAAGACUUAAAACCGUCUUGUUUCGCCUUAUUUCCUUCGAAUAAAAUUAAAUACUUUGGUUCGUAUGGCCAACAAGUGUUUGAUGACGAAAAAUCGUGUUUCACGUUAUUUAAGUCAUGUCUUAAGGCCAUCAUGACUUGUAAUGUGACAAAGAAAAUGCCGUGGGAACAUGAUACAUGUGGUUGUCAAAGUUUGAGUGGUACUAAGAAACAAAAGCUUUGUGAAGAGAGGACAUCUCUUAAGCAGCAGCAUCACUUCGACUGUAAUCAUGGCUGUGACACAAACAUGUUUAUGGAAUCAAGUUUGUGCCUAGAUGGUUCGAGUUAUCAACAUGGUUUUGCAGAAGAAAAACAGUUUAUUUCUGAAACCAUUCAGUUAGAAGAGAAGUGGUAUUCUUGUCCAGAAGUGCUUAAUGAUGGAACUAAUACAUUUUCAUCAAAUGUUUAUAGUCUUGGAGUUCUUGUUUUUGAGUUGCUAUGCAAUAUUGAGACAGUGGAAGCACAUUCAACUGUGAUGUUUGAUAUGCGUCAUAGAAUCUUACCUCCAAAAUUUCUAUCACAAAAUGCAAAGGAAGCUGGUUUUUGUCUAUGGCUUCUUCAUCCCGAACCUUCUUCUCGUCCGAAUACCAGGAUGAUUUUAGAAUCUGAAUUUAUACGCGAGUUAGCAGCGGAAUUAAAUUCUGGAAAUACUAAUGUCAUAGUAUCUGAAGAUGAUGUAACUGACACCGAGGAAUUACUGAAUUUUCUAACUUCAGUUGGAGAAGAAAAGAAAAAACAAGAAGCCAAAUUGGCGGAAGAGUUAAAUUGUUUGAAUGAAGAUAUUAAGGAGGUAGAAAGAAAGCAUUCAUAUGGAACUGAUUCAGCAUUUCAUUUGGCUCAAUUGAACUAUCUACAUUUUCAAGAUCCAUCAAGUACAAAUAUUAGUAGAUAUUUUCCAAGUUCAUUUGUUGAUGAAGCAAGAUUUAUGAGUAAUAUAAAUCAGCUAGAGAAUAGUUACUUCUCGAUGAGAUUCCAAAGCAGUGAUAAAAGUGUGAUGGAAAAUCGAUUGAGAUUGCCUCAUUUAGAAAAAGUUAGUAACGAGGUAAAGAGAAUUCAAGGUUCUAUUGGUGGUCUAGGACCCUUCUUUGAUGGUAUAUGCAAAUUCGCUCGUUACAGCAAGUUUGAAGAACGUGGAACAUUGAGAAAUAGUGAUCUGCUUAGUUCUGCCAAUGUGAUUUGUGCCUUAAGUUUUGACCGUGACGAGGAUUAUAUUGCAGCUGGUGGAAUUUCAAAGAAAAUAAAGAUAUUUGACGUCAACGCUGCUUCAAGUGAUUCUGUAGACAUUCAGUAUCCUGUUGUUGAGAUGACGAACAAAUCAAAGCUUAGUUGUGUGUGCUGGAACAGUUAUAUAAAAAACCAUCUCGCGUCUACUGAUUAUGAUGGUGUGGUUCAGAUGUGGGAUGCAGGCACUGGUCAGCCACUGUCUCAGUACAUGGAGCACCAAAAGAGAGCUUGGUCUGUUCACUUUUCAGUAUCUGACCCGAAAAUGUUUGCCAGUGGAAGCGAUGAUUGCUCUAUCAAACUGUGGAAUAUCAGCGAGAGAAAUUCUAUAGGAACCAUAUUGAGCCCUGCAAAUGUAUGUUGUGUUCAAUUCUCUGAAUACUCCACAAAUCUUUUAUUUUUCGGAUCGGCUGAUUACAAGGUGUACGGUUAUGAUCUUCGUAACACUAAAAUCCCAUGGUGUACAUUAGCCGGUCAUGGAAAAGCUGUUAGCUAUAUAAAAUUUAUAGAUGCACAAACAGUUGUGUCUGCUUCCACUGAUAACUCUUUGAAGCUUUGGGAUCUGAAGAAAACUAGCUCAGCUGAAUUGGCAUCUGAUGCUUGUGACUUAACCUUUAGAGGUCAUAGUAAUGAAAAGAACUUUGUUGGUUUAUCUGUUUUGGAUGGAUACAUUGCAUGUGGUUCAGAAUCUAAUGAGGUAUACUGUUAUCACAAAUAUUUGCCGGUGCCAAUUGCUUCUCACAGAUUCGAGUCAAACGAUCCCAUUUCUGGUCAUUCAAAUAGUUUUGACAACAAUGGACAAUUUGUUUCUAGUGUCUGUUGGAGAAAGAAGUCUAACACGCUUGUUGCAGCCAAUUCAGUUGGAAUUAUAAAACUACUACAGAUGGCAUGAAACAUACAUUUUAUUCGGACCGAACAUUCAGACCACUUCUUUAUUCUGACUUCAAUGAUUAAUGAGGAAUAAAGCUUAAAUGAUGAGGGUAUAUAUAGAGUUUACAUUGUUUCGAAGAGGCAUGCAACAAUGUCUCUUUAGUUUUCAUAGAUAGGUAAUCUUGUUAAGCACUUGUUUUCUACAAUUUAACACGAAGAACACUUUUUUCCUAGAUUUUGAACAAAAUAAUCUGAACAAAAGAUUUAUGAAGCAUGUACAUAUAUAGGCUCUUGAAUUACAUGCGGAGCUUCUGCGUGCAAGUCUAUUCUGCAAUGCAUAAAUUUUCCCUUCAAGAACUUCUCAUAUAUGUGAGACUGCAGAUUGAACUUGAAACUUAGUCAAAUAUGUUGUUUUACGUUGUUAUACACCGCGAUGUACAUCAUAGCUUCUUCUUGCUCCUAUAUAUCCAUGCUUGUGAGACUGCAGUCUGUUGAGGAAGUGAGGGACAUAUUACUAAAGCUGAUGUUGAAGCAGCUCAAAGAUAUACUAAUUACCUUAACUUCCAAGUCACUUAUGAUUUAUCAAAAAUGAGAAAAAAUUAAGUACAAGCUAUUAUUCAUGA